CGACGACACUAUUCGUUUCAAAACAAUGCCGUCCCAACCAGGCUCAAUACGUCAAGCAUGGUACAAUUGGAAGAAGAUGAAGCUUCCAUGGCGGAAGCGGUGGCUAGUAGGCUUUGAUCUCUCCGGGAAUACAUACUGGGAAUUCAAGGAUGCCAUAAACCAGAACCGCGUACGUCGCAUAGCCAAGUACGCUGGAUCAACGCACCAUAGCGAUGUCAAUGUAUCACCUCAAUGGAUGCAGUGGCUUCGUCAUACAAGAGCAGACCCUCCUUCCCUCAACGAACAACGAGCCGACGUGAUGCGAGUAGAACAAACAAAGGUGCUAGCUGCGGCGGCUGACCAGCGAUGGGCGUCGAAACCGUCCAUGCUUGACCCUCCCGACAAGCAGCAACCAACACCAAUGCUUGCAUCUAGAGAGCCGGCUAUCAGUCUCGCGCAUGACGAGCCAUCAGACAUUCCGAAAAGCCUCGGAGAUGCACCUCAAGAAGCGGGAGUAAAGCCGAAGAGAGCGGCUAGCCAUGGGCUAAAUAACAAAGGGGAGGUCAAGGAAUCGCCGUGGUACAAGGGUCCUAAAGGUGGCCCAAGUGAGGACUGGCAGCCGGAAGCCUGGUCGCCCAGCCCUGUUCGGAAAAGAGCGUAGAUCAUGUAAAAAUACUGUAAAAUCAUUGUAGGAACGAGCGCCCUGUUAGAAUAUACGACUUAUGCAAGUUUACGUUGAGCUAAAUAAUAGUAUGGCACGGCUUGAUAACAUAUAUAGACACAAAGAUGCGAAUAAAUAUGGCGAAACUCAUUACGACCCAGCC